UUUGGCGCCAAAUUUUCUUCAGAGCUUUGCCUCUCACUCAUUGGAAACAUUGCCGCAGCUUCAUGGGUGAAAAAAUGCCGCUGCCGGCACCGCCGUGUUUAUCUCUUCACUCCAAUUUCUUUUCCUCUCUUAAGCAGGUCGAAAAGCGCCUCAAAUUAGAUCAUUCAUCGCAACGAGACGUUCUUCAUCCACCACCGCCAUUGCCAGUACGAACCAAUUCUUCUUCAACUGAAGAAGACUCACUGAGCACUCCCAUGUACCUUCAUUUCCCCCAAACCAACACAAGCUCCACCCUACAAGAAAGCAGCCAAGCGCCACUCGAAUUCCUCUCAAGUUCCUCCCAAUCUCCACCAUCUCAUCCGAAAUCAGAAUCGAAUCCUCCAAAACCCAUCGAUCGUGGUCAAAAUCGGGAUGUAGACGACAUUCAACGGCUAAUUCAACUCCUAGGGUUAGAAGAUUCGUGUGACGAAAAGGAAUUCGGAGCUAAGAAUGGCUGUAAUGGCUGUGAGGGAUGUGAAAGCGGGUUUUACAGUAAGAUCGUUGGCUUAAAAGGCCCCAAAUGUAGAAAGGAGGUAGAGAGGCUAAAUGGAUGGAUUGAGUUCUUUAGUAAUGGUGGUGAUGAAGAAGACAGGUUAGAGCCUCUUAGACUGGCGUAUUUGCUGUUGGGGAAAGCUGUUUUUGCUUCUAAUGACGAUGAUGGAUGUUUGGAAGGAUUGGAAUUCCCUUCAACUGUAGAGGAUUUCUUGCUGAAUGAUCCUCCUGCAUUAUAGUGUUCAAUGGCGAAGACCUAGACUCCUGGCUGUUUCGUGGCAAUUGGUACUUCCAGAUUCAUAAGCUAAUAGACUCCGAAAAAAUGACGGUUGCGACGAUCAGCUUCGACGGACCAGCUUUGAAUUGGUAUAGAGCCCAAGAAGAGCGGGAGAAAUUCACGGGAUGGUCGAACCUAAAGGAAAGAUUAUUGGUGCGAUUUCGAUCAGCAAGGGAGGGAUCGAUAUGCGGCCAAUUCCUGAGGAUCAGAUAAGAAACCACAGUAGAAGAGUAUUGGAACCUGUUUGACAAACUAAUGGCGCCAUUAUCAGGCCUGGAAGAUCAAGUGGUUGAACAGACCUUCCUAAAUGGGUUGUUACCAUGGAUCAAGGCAGAAGUUGAAUUCGGCCGGCCGAUUGGUUUAGCCUAAAUGAUGCAAUUAGCGCAACUCGUGGAGAAUCGGGAGAUCAUUUGUAAUGUGGCCAAUAUCAAAGGAUACGCAAGAGGUAAUUCCUACUACUCCAAUCUUUUUAAAUCCAAUCUGGGGCGGGAAUGAGUAAUAAUGAGAACAAAGGUAAUAACACGUGGCCUAUGAGAACAACCACACGGAGAGAAGUGGGGACUGGAGAGGUAAAAAAAUAAGGGCCAUCAAAGAGGUUGAGUGAUGCGGAGUUCCAAACCAGGAAGGAGAAAGACCUAUGCUGAUGGAACUCCAAUUGGUAAUUAAGUAAGAAAUCUCUUAUUAAUCCGUAUCUAGAAAUGAAUACAAGGAUUCAAAUUGAUAAUCCCUCAAUUCGGAAAACUCUCCCUAUUAUGCCUUCCUCUCUCUCAAGGAAUUGCAAGGAUAUCUCAAACCACUUUCUAAAUAACUUUCUCUCUUCCUAACGUUUCUCUACUUAUACUUAUAGACUUACAAAAUGACAACUCAUUAUUUACUCAUACUAACAAACUUACAAAACGACAGCUAAUCACUUUUAAUUUCCGUUUUCUUCACUCGUGUGAACUGUUGUGGUCCCCUCCCCUUUCUUCUCGUUCCUUCUACUAUACUUAUGUAUAAUUGGUGGUCUAUCAUAUGCUUUCACGGUAAUGAAAAAUUUUCCCAUGGCCACAAGUGUAAGGUGAGGGAGCAAAGAGAACUCAGAAUGUUUGUAGUCAAAAGCGAUGAUGAAGAAUGGGAGAUUCUGGAAGACUUGGGGGAUACAAAAAAGGAGCUGAACAUGGUAGAAGUGGUAGAAGAUGACCAGACGGUCAUAGAACUAUCCAUCAACUCGGUUGUGGGGUUAUCUAACCCGGGCACUAUGAAGGUCAAGGGAAAAAUUAAAGAAAGAGAAGUAGUGAUCCUGAUUGACUGUAGGGCUACCCACAACUUCAUUUCUACUAACGUGGUAGAGGAAUUGCAGCUUACAACCAAAGAUACCUCACACUAUGGAGUCAUUUUGGGAUCCGACACAACAGUGAAAGGUAAGGGAGCCUGUGAGGCAGUGGAAGGUGAAAUUGAGCAGAUGGAAGAUAGUGGCCAAUUUCUUACUGUUGGAGCUAGGAGGAGUAGAGGUCGUAUCGGGGAUGCAAUGGUUAUACUCGUUAGGCAUCAUUGAAGUGGACUGGAGAAAUUUAACUUUGACAUUCACCCAUCAAGGUAAAAUGGUAAUCAUCAAGGAGACCCCAGCUUAACUAAGUUAAGAAUCAACUUGAAGAAAAUGAUGAAAACAUGGGAUAGUUCCAAUCAAGGAUUCUUGAUCGAAUGCCGCGCCAUGGAAAGAAGGCUAAUAACAAAGAAGAAGAUGAUCUUGAAGAAGUAGUAACAGUGGAAGAAUCGGUAGCUAUAGUCCUGAAGAAAUAUGAAGAUGUGCUCACAUGGCUUGAGAAACUACCACCAAGAAGAGAAAUUGAGCACCACAUCCAUAAAAAAAAGACACUGACCCAUUUAAUGUAAGGCCAUACCGCUAUGCAUACCAACAGAAGACUGAGAUAGAGAAGCUUGUGGAGGAGAUGUUAACUUUAGGGGUAAUAGGACCAAGCAAUAGCCCGUAUUCUAGCCUAGUACUAUUAGUAAGAAAGAAAGAUGGGAGCUGGCAAUUCUGCGUUGACUAUAGAGCACUGAAUAACGUAAUUGUUCGUGAUAUAUAAUUAAAUUUACUUUCAACCACAAGCUUAAGCUUUUGGAUGAAUUGGUGGUUUAAUAGUAACAAUACCGGACAAGUUUCCCAUUCCCGUCAUUGAAGAAUUGUUUGAUGAAUUGAAUGGAGCAUCGUGGUUCUCGAAAAUCAAUCUGAAGGAGAGAUACCAACAAAUCUGUAUGUGUGAAGAAGAUAUUGAAAAAACAGCCUUCUUUACCCAUGAAGGCCACUAUGAAUUCAUGGUUAUGCCGUUUGGAUUAACCAACGCACCAUCAACCUUCCAGUCCCUGGUGAAUUCAAUAUUUAAACCGUACUUGAGGAGAUUCGUAUUGGUGUUUUUUUGACGAUAUCUUGAUCUAAAGUAGGGACUUAGAAACACACCUACGACACUUCUCUGAUACCAAUAUGAUGGAAACCGUAUGUAUUAAGAAAUGAUCUUUAUUGAUAGUAACUGCUCAUCCUCAUUACACAUAUGAAUUCUACCCUCCUGAAUCUUAUCUCUCAAAGAUGUCAGAAGUCUUCCUCUCUGUUUUAUUACAAAACUCUCUUCCUCUUUCUUUCUUAGCUUCUUUCUUUUAUUACCGUAGCAUUAACGGUUUUAACUAACUUUCACACUUUCUGUUUAACUGUUAUAGUGUAAUAAUAACAGUUAAACUGUUUCAGUCUAACUACUAACUUUCUUUCUUCUACUAUAUUGGUAUGUUAUGGGGGGUCUUUCACAACGAUAUCCCCAGUUUCACCUUGAGAACAAGAUGAAUUUGGAGGAGUGUAAUGAUAGACCCCCUAUCAUACACCAAUAUAGUGGAAGAAAGAAGAGUUAGUUAGGCUGUUAGUCAAGUCGUUAGUCAGGUAGUUGAGAAAUUAGUUAAUACUAUUAGUAUAAAUAAAUGCUAAGAAAGAGGGAAGGGUGUGGAAUUUGUAAGUGAGGUAGAGAGAUAGGCUUUUGCACAUCUUUGGAAGACAAGAUAACAGGAGAGUGAGUUCCGAAUUGAGACAUUCUCAAUUCGGCUAUUGAUUCCUUUGUGUAAGAACAGUUACUAAAUACUAUCAAUAAAGUUUACCUUAAUAUCAAGUACGGAUUCCAUCAUAUUCUCAAAUGAGUUUCAAGAGAUAUUUGUAGUGAUUUUUCUUUAAAAUGGUUGGUUUAUCUCUCGCUGGUCACAGGGUUUGUAGUGAUAUAAUCCUUGAGUUGCUCUUCUAUUCGCCCUUUCAUGAGAAUGAUCAUUUUUUCUGGCU